GAAAACCUGUCUCGAAAAACAAAAAAAAAGCAAAAACAAAAACAAAACCCGAAGUCCACUUCCUAUGCUGAAUGUAUAUAAUUUUUCUUAAAGUAAUUCAAGAGCCGGGAGAAGGGCCACGCCUUUAAUCCCAGGACUCAGGAGGCAAGGGCAGGCUGAUUUUUCUGAGUUCGAGGCCAGCCUGGUCCACGAGUGAGUUCCAGGACAGCCAGGGCUACACACUGUGUCCCUGUCUCUGAAAGCAAAACAAAUAAAACAGCUCCAGGUCUGUAGCGAAUCUGCUGCUGCCAAUAACGAGUUCCGGUAGAGGUCGGCGUAAGCGAUCCCGAGUCGUUGCUGGCAGACGGGCCUUGGGAGCGGCCGGUCUCGUGUCGGCGUGGAAAGAGCCUGGGACUUGCUGAGAACAUGAGUGACUGGAUGCCCAUUGCCAAGGAAUAUGACCCGCUUAAGGCCGGCAGCAUUGAUGGGACAGAUGAGGAUCCACAUGACCGGGCUGUGUGGAGGGCCAUGUUGGCCCGCUACGUACCCAACAAAGGCGUUACUGGAGACCCCCUCCUUACCCUGUUUGUGGCACGACUGAACUUGCAGACCAAAGAGGAAAAGUUAAAGGAGGUCUUCUCCCGCUAUGGUGACAUCCGGAGGCUACGGCUGGUUCGGGACCUGGUGACUGGCUUCUCCAAGGGCUACGCCUUCAUUGAGUACAAGGAAGAGCGGGCCCUGCUGAAGGCCUACCGUGAUGCUGAUGGACUGGUCAUUGACCAGCAUGAGAUAUUCGUGGACUAUGAGCUGGAGCGCACCCUACGUGGCUGGAUCCCUCGGCGGCUAGGUGGUGGGCUGGGUGGGAAAAAGGAAUCUGGACAACUGAGGUUCGGGGGCCGGGAUCGGCCUUUCCGAAAGCCCAUCAAUUUGCCAGUUGUCAAGAAUGAGCCGCACAGAGAAGGGAAAAGAGAGAGGAGGGAGCGCUCUCGAUCCCGGGACAGACACUGGGACCCCAGGCCCAGGGAGCGGAACCAUGACAGGGGCCUAGAGAAACGCUGGCAAGAGAGGGAGAUGGCCAGGGUGUGGCCUGAGAACGAUCGGGAAAGAGAGAGGGAGUUCAGGGAGGACAGGGCCAAAGGCAGGGACAAGAGGGACAGAAGUAAGUAAAGCCAAAGGCAGCCAGCUGAGGCUUACCCAGAGGCCCUUGGACGGGCCAUCAUCAGCCUGGGGCAGUUCCCUUUCCAGUGCAGACCUCAGACAGGUCAUCCUUUUGCAGUAUUGAGGCUUGAGCUGGAGAGCACAAGAAAGCAUGCUAGGCAAGGGCUCCCCUGCAAGAUGAUGGGAGGGAGAAACAACUGCAUAAGAAGUCACCCGGCUCAUAUGGACAUAGAAAAUGUUUGUCAUCCCAGCGCUUUGGGAGACAGAGGCAGGAGUAUCAACAAGAGGGGAUAAUAAAGAAUUUGUCUUUACUUUCUCAUA